UGUUCGACAGCCCUCGAGUGCGGUUCUAGCUCUCUCACCUCAAAUAAUCCCAGCUCACGGCGGCCAAUCGCCGAAAAUAAAUCAGCAAAGUGUUAUUUGUUUUGAAAACCCAAAGUUCUAAUAGACUUCAAACGCGAGUCACAGAACGACACUCAAAAAGCAGCUGUCACUUUAACCCAAUCAACGAACGAAUCAACGAAAUAAUAAAUCAGCCACGAAACCAACUACAAUAACAACGAAAAUAGCAAUAUCUCGACCAGUGAACAGAUGUUUUGAAAAACCCCCGAAAAUCACAAGAAAUCCUAGAAAGGACUUUAAGCAAGCGAAGUUAUCAAAACCGCGAUAAGGUGAAGUUUUUUACUGUGCAAAAGAAAGUUAAGGAAAUCAAAACCAUCUAGCGGAAGCAGGACGAGAUACUGCCAAUCGAAGAACUAGCUUACGGUAAACUUUUCGGAAAAGAGCAAGGAUCAGGGACCCUGCGCCCGCGUCCGUAAGAUUCGUCCAAUUAACAUGGGCGGCAAUGUGGAGCAGCGUCCUUGGACUCCAACGGUCCGAAUCGGUAGGAUUGCAGCCGAAACUACCAAUCCAGGUCCAGCCACCGUACAGCUUCCGACGUUGAUCGGUAGCAAAGUUCCGGAUUCGAAGAAGAAGGCUGCUCCCUCGUACUCCUUUGGUCACAAAUUGGGCGGGAAGUACGCUACCUCUGGACCUGGUCCAGCGCAAUACAAUGUGACAGGAAUGAGGGCUAAGGGUCGGGACUAUCCCCGAGCAGCCACUCUGCAGAGUCGCCCCAAGGAACUCACUCGUUUCUCCAACCCCGGACCCGGCGAGUACGAUGUGGUACCGGCUGCCAAGGCGGUGAUCGAUGCCACGCCCAAAUACACCUUUGGCCAACGACCGGCAGCCUUGAAGACCUUCCAGAUUCCAGGUCCCAACCAUUAUCAAGUGGUGCCACUUGAUGUCGUCAAGCGGCGAGCCCCACGAUACUCCUUUCGCAUUAAGGUUAACGUGUACUUUGUUAACAAUCCAGCUCCGAAUAGCUAUUGCCCUGAAAAGGUCACGCAAUCAAAAAAGAAUGCGCCACGCUACACUUUCGGUAGACGAACUAAAAUCGAACACGAUCAGGGCACACCAGCUCCUGGCGCCUAUUGUCCCGAAAAGGUGAAGCUCAACAAGACGCCGGAGUUCAGUUUUGGCAUCAAACACCACGAACAGAGACCAGAUUAUACGCCAGCGCCGGGCACUUACAAACCCGAGCAGGUUGUCCAAGAACACAUUCCCGCCUUCAGCUUCGGCUUGAAAACCAAACACAUUCAGGUCAGCGACACUCCAGCACCCGGCGCCUACAGCCCCGAAAAGUCGCGACUACACUCUACACCCGCUUACUCAAUCACCGGAAAGGCCUCCCAUGACGUUGUCGAUUGUACACCUGCCCCCGGAGCAUACGAACCCGAGAAGUGCGUGCUGAGCAGGACGCCUGCCUUCAGCUUUGGCCACCGCAUGGACCUCGCCAAGUCCAGCGACACGCCCGCGCCGGGCACCUACAAUCCCGAGAAGGUGCGGAUGGACCACACGCCCUCCUUCACCCUCUCCGGACGCCCCGAAACGAGGUCCGUCAGCGAGACCCCGGCGCCCGGUUCGUAUGCCCCGGAAAAGUACCGCAACGACCGAACGCCGGCCUUCACCUUCGGCGGUAAGCACGAGCAGCGCCUCGAGAGCUCCACUCCGGCACCGGGCGACUACUGCCCCGAAAAAGUCCGGCACGAUCACAAUCCCGCUUUCUCAUUCGCCGGUCGCCACGAAUUGCACAAGACUAGCGACACACCAGCACCCGGCGCCUAUGAUACGGAAAAAGUCCGGCAGGAUCACAAUCCCGCCUUCUCCUUUGCCGGUCGUCAUGAUCUUCAGAAGCCCAGUGAAACUCCUGCCCCAGGUGCCUAUUCUCCCGAGAAAGUUCGUCAAGAUCACAAUCCAGCUUUCUCCAUGGCUGGAAAACAUAUCCAAAAGUUAACGAGCGAAACACCAGCUCCUGGUGACUACUGUCCUGAGAAUGUUAGACUAGAUCACACUCCCGCCUAUAGUUUUGGGGUAAAGAACGAUCCGAAAGUAGAGAACAACACUCCAGCCCCUGGGGACUAUCACCCCGAAAAGGUCAGGCAGGAUCAUAACCCUGCGUUUUCCUUUGCUGGUCGCCACGACCUUCUCAAGCCCAGCGAGACCCCUGCUCCAGGAGCUUACUCUCCGGAGAAAGUAAGGCAAGAUCACAAUCCUGCUUUCUCGAUGGGUGGCAAGUAUGAUCAGAAGAUUUCCAAUGGUACCCCUGCCCCAGGGGACUACAGUCCCGAAAAGGUUAGACUAGAUCACACACCUGCUUAUAGUUUUGGAAGUAAGAAUGAUCCCAAGGUCGAGAACAAUACCCCCGCUCCAGGAGAUUAUCAUCCUGAGAAAGUUAGGCAGGACCACAAUCCCGCCUUCUCCUUUGCUGGUCGCUAUGACCUUCAAAAACCAAGUGAUACUCCCGCCCCUGGUGCCUAUUCCCCCGAGAAGGUUCGUCAAGAUCAUAAUCCUGCCUUUACGAUGGCUGGCAAACAUAUCGAUAAGCUUACAAAUGGAACACCAGCUCCUGGUGACUACUAUCCUGAAAAAGUUAGAUUAGAUCAUACACCUGCCUACACUUUUGGUGGCAAAAACGAUCCUAAAGUAGAGAACAAUACACCAGCUCCAGGUGAUUAUCAUCCUGAGAAAGUUCGGCAGGACCACAAUCCCGCCUUCUCCUUUGCUGGUCGCUAUGAUCUUCAAAAACCAAGUGAAACUCCUGCUCCUGGUGCCUAUUCCCCCGAGAAGGUUCGUCAAGAUCACAAUCCUGCCUUUACAAUGGCUGGCAAACAUAUCGAUAAGCUUACAAAUGGAACACCAGCUCCUGGUGACUACAGCCCAGAAAAAGUUCGAUUAGACCACACACCUGCCUACACUUUUGGUGGCAAAAACGAUCCUAAAGUAGAGAACAAUACACCAGCUCCAGGUGAUUAUCAUCCUGAGAAAGUUAGGCAGGACCACAUUCCCGCCUUUUCUUUCGCUGGCCGUCAUGAUCUUCACAAGCCCAGCGAAACUCCCGCUCCAGGGGCCUACUAUCCCGAAAAAAAUAGACAGGAUCAUAAUCCCGCCUUCUCAAUGGCAGGCAAACACAUCGAAAAGCUUACAAAUGGCACUCCAGCUCCUGGAGAUUACUGCCCAGAAAAGGUUCGCUUAGAUCAUACUCCAGCUUAUACCUUUGGUAGUAAGAACGAUCCGAAGGUGGAGAACAAUACCCCCGCUCCUGGUGACUAUCAUCCUGAGAAAGUAAGGCAGGACCACAAUCCCGCCUUCUCAUUUGCUGGUCGUUAUGACCUUCAAAAACCGAGUGAUACUCCCGCUCCUGGUGCCUAUUCCCCCGAGAAAGUUCGCCAAGAUCACAACCCAGCCUUUACAAUGGCUGGCAAACAUAUUGAUAAGCUUACAAAUGGAACACCAGCUCCUGGUGACUACAGCCCAGAAAAAGUUCGAUUAGAUCACACACCUGCCUACACUUUUGGUGGCAAGAACGAUCCUAAAGUAGAGAACAAUACACCAGCUCCAGGUGAUUAUCAUCCUGAGAAAGUUAGGCAAGAUCACAAUCCAGCCUUUUCCUUCGCUGGGCGUCAUGAUCUGCACAAACCCAGCGAAACUCCCGCUCCUGGAGCCUAUUCUCCAGAAAAAGUCCGACAAGAUCAUAACCCUGCCUUCUCGAUGGCGGGCAAACAUGAUCCCAAGGUCUCUAAUGAUACUCCUGCCCCUGGUGACUAUAGUCCCGAAAAGUGCCGUCUAGAUCAUACACCCUCCUAUACGUUUGCUGGGAAAAAUGAUCCCAAAAUAGAAAACCAUACCCCAGCUCCUGGUGAUUAUCAUCCCGAGAAAGUUAGGCAAGAUCACAAUCCAUCCUUUACUUUUGCUGGCCGUCAUGAUCUUCACAAGCCCAGUGGCACUCCCGCUCCGGGGGCCUACUGCCCCGAGAAAACUAGACAGGAUCAUAAUCCCGCCUUCUCAAUGACUGGCAGACACAUCGAAAAGCUUACAAAUGGCACUCCAGCACCUGGAGAUUAUUGCCCAGAGAAGGUUCGUUUAGAUCAUACUCCAGCUUAUAGCUUUGGUAGUAAGAACGAUCCGAAGGUGGAGAACAAUACACCAGCUCCUGGGGACUAUCAUCCAGAAAAGGUUAGGCAAGAUCACAACCCCGCCUUUACCUUCGCCGGUCGUCAUGAUCUCCAUAAACCAAGUGAGACUCCCGCUCCGGGAGAUUACUCUCCGGAGAAGGUUCGACAAGACCACAAUCCUGCCUUUACAAUGGCCGGAAAGCAUGAUCCUAGGGUCACCAAUGACACUCCGGCACCUGGGGACUACAGCCCGGAGAAGGUGCGACUGGACCAAGCACCUUCAUUCAGCUUUGGCGGCAAAUAUGACCCCAAAACGGAGCACCAUCAUCCUGCGCCUUGCGACUACGCCCCCGAGAGAGUUCGCCACGACCAUACACCCGCCUACACAAUUGCAGGUCGUCCCGCCGCCGAACACGUGAGCCAGACCCCGGCUCCCUGUGACUACCAUCCGGAGCAGUGCCAGGUGGACAGUACGCCGGCGUUCACCUUUGGCAUGCGACUGGGAAGGGAGCGCAUCUCGGAUACACCAGCACCCUCUGCUUAUGAGCCGGAGAAGCACUCACAACACUUCACACCCGCCUACAGCUUUGGCACUAAGUCGGACAUCCGCAUGACCACCGAUUCCCCAGCCCCCGGUCACUAUCAUCCAGAGCAGUGCAAUCUGGACAGCUCGCCAGCCUAUAGUUUUGGCCUAAAGACAGUGCCAACUGCAUCGCUUCCAGAACCCAGAGGUGUCUACAUCGAAGAUCGCAUUGUCCAAAGACGCGAACGCCGCCUGGCCAGUCCCGUACGCAACAAUGCAGAAUGCACCACCACCAACAACACCACCAACAAUGCUGGUGGCAACAGCACCACAACUACAACCACAACCACCACCACAAGAACCUUUGUCAAUGGAGUGGAGCAGCCUGAUUUGCAGGAAAAGCAGACCACCAAGCAGGUGAAUGGCACCCACAAAGAGCUUAAGUCCGCACCACCGGCACCACUGAGCAAUGGCCAAGUGAAGCACUCGAAGUUGGAGGCCUACACGAUGCAGCAGGUGGCCCACGGGCAGCAGGAGAGUGGUGACCUUAAGGUGGUGACCAGUGGUAAGUCGGAUGCCAGUGCCACCAAGGCGGCGGCCGAGAGCCACCAGAGGGUGGUGCAUCCAGAUGGCGCCAUCGUGACCAGCGGCCAAUCCUCGAGGAUGCAGACGGUCAAGUACGCUGUGGAGGCCAGCAGCGUGCAGGAGAAGAUUAUCAGCUCCUAACGUCUACAAAAUACCCACCGUCAUGGGCAGCAGCAAGGAGGGCAAGAUUCGCUCGGCUCCGGCCUACACGAUCACGGGUCGCGAGAAGCCUCCGCUGAUCCCG